GCCAACCGCAGUAAAACCCUAAUUAAGAAGAAGAAGAAGAAGUCCUGAAGGCAUCAUGUGACCAGGAAGUUGUUGCACCUGGAGGAUAGGUGAGGCUCGUUCACAGACUGACUCCAACACUCAGACUGAUCCCGGUUCUGAUCCAGAUGACUGACAGACUGCCUGCAGAGACCAGCCCUGGUCCUAGUUCUGGUCCUGGUUCUGUUAGGGAUCAGACUCUGUCCACCAUCGACUCUGCCGCUCUGCAGGCGGCUGCUGCCCCUGCAGAGGAAGAGGAGGAUGAAAGUCUGAGGAUGAAGAGCAGCAGUUGUGUUUUACUGGAGAGACACCGCAGGAAACGCAUCACUCAGAGCUGCAGCACGCUGCGGCAGCUGCUACCCACAAUCCAUGGCGGCCGAGUCGACAUGGUGACCGUGCUGGAGACUACGGUGGCUUUCCUGGAGAUGGUCCAGGAAGUAGUCGCAGCCCAAGACCAACACAUACAGCUGUGUCCCCCUGCUGAGCUGCAUGCUGAUUGGCUGCGGCAGAGUCAGGAGAGCCGGGAGGCUGGAAACAAGAUGGCCGCCGAGCAGGAGAAGAAGAAGCUCAACAGCUUCGUGUCUCAUCGUAACUUUGUGGCAUCAGAGUCAUCCUGCUGGUCACCAUGGCAACAGUCCAGUCUGCAGGAUGUAGUUCCAGUACUGCAGUAUUAAAAGUACUUUAUGGUAUGUCUCACUUUAUAAAUCUGUUGUUAAAGGAAAGUUUUAUUCAGAGUUUGGGUCUUUUAUUUUGAAGGAACUGAUUUCCUGUAGAGAUCAGAGUUCAGAUCAAUAACCUCAUUAUUUCAUUGUAUUCAGUUUGUUUAAAGAGAAUAAACGUUUUGUAUUGAUCAU